UCAAUGUAAACAACAAACAUUCAGAAAAAAAGGGAAAUUUGGGAUUUGGGAAGGAGGCCCAGAAAUGGACCUAUCAACCUCCUUCUCAAAUCUCAUUUUCUCCCAAUUUGGGUACAACGACGAUGAAUUUGGUCGUCACUUUCUCGCUCCGAGUCGAGAUUUGGAACUUCUACGCUACGCCGUUGGAAUAAUUGGGAACGUCGUUUCUAUACUGCUCUAUGCGGCACCCAUAAUCACAUUUAGAAGGGUGAUCGAGAAGAAAUCCACCGGUGAAUUUUCUUGCAUACCAUAUGGAUGUGCGUUGUUGAAUUGUAUAAUUUAUACAUGGUAUGGUUCUCCGCUGAUUAGUCGAGGCUGGGAAAAUCUUCCGUUGGUUACAAUUAAUGGGGUCGGAAUUGCGCUGGAAAUAUCCUUCAUUUCUAUAUAUUUUUGGUAUGCUUCACCAAAAGGACGGAAAUUGGUAACAUUGAUAAUGGCACCAUUGAUGUCUGUAAUGCUUGUGGUGAUAUGUUGUUUAACAUUCGAGGUGGAAGAUCGACUAGUCCGUAAAGCCAUAGUUGGGAGCAUAGGUUUAGUAGUUUCCAUUGCAAUGUACGGAUCUCCUCUGGUAGCUGUGGAACGAGUUCUUCGAACAAAGAGUGUCGAGUACAUGCCGUUCAAUUUAUCCCUUUUCUCAUUCCUCACUAGUUUGUCUUGGUUGGUAUACGGGUUACUAGGGAACGAUAUUUUACUUGCGUCUCCAAAUUUCUUAGGAGUUCCAUUGGGAAUCCUCCAGCUUGUAGUAUAUUUUAUAUACAGAGGAGAAACAGAAAUAGUUGAACAGCCGAUCAAGAUAUAUGAUAUAGAGAACGGAAGCUCAUUUUUCCUUACUACACCUCUAAUUGCAGAAAUACUCGACAAGGAUGACAACAACAAUGACGAUGGUAUCAACGAUAUAUGAAUAAGAGAAGUUACAAGUUAUUGAAACACUAGUACUGGUAGUAAUGAAUGUCGAUGUAAUGGAACUCCGAAACUAGUUUUGUAUUCCUCCGAUUCAUGUCGACCAUCAUAUUCUUUGCUAUAGAGUGGUUAUUGGUUGUAAAGGUUCACCUAUAAAGGGAGGAGGUACUGGUUGGAGAUUUUCUUAAACCCAAACUAGUAGCCCGCCCUACUACUGAGUUCACAUUCUUGUCCGUUUGGCAUUUUUUUAUUUUUACUAGUAAGACUAUACGAGCGAUGUACAUGUUUGAAUUUGAUUCUUUUAACAACACCAAAUUUGAUAAUAAUAAUGAAAAAAUCUUGAUUUAUUUUUUAA